AUGCAUCCUACAGUCUAUCUUAACUUUAUUCGUUCCUAUAGCAGAGCUUAUGAGCCUAAAAAGCUCCGCGUUGAUUCGGUGGAAAUGCUCUGGAAAUUGUACCAUGAGGCACCCAAAACACUAGAUGCCCUCCAAUCAAUUGAAGUUGAUGGCAUAAACCUCCAAGACCUCCCAACAGUUCCGCAGUACCUUCUUCCAGCUAUAAAAGCAGGUUCUAAGUUUGCAAUAGCUCCAGCAAGAACAGGCAAAAUUUCAAACUUACCACGAGGAAUACAGAGCCUUGAAGUGGAUGCAAGUGUGAUUAAUAUUGCAAAUUGUACCCCCCAAUUAGAGUCCAGUUCCGAAUUCAAUGGUUCCCCAGCGUCGUCCUACAAGAAGAGCCCUCUGUUCGUAAUCAAGGCAAAACACCUAAAACAUCUUGAGUUCGUUCAAAAGAUUCAUGAUAAUGAUGAAUACACCCAGACACCAAAGCUUCCUAGACACCAAAGACUGACAUUCCCUCCAGUUCAAUUCUUAUGCAACAUUAUAACUCUUAAAAUUGACUUCCCAAUACUGGAUACCACGUUAUGGGCAAUGCCACUUGCUUCCAUUCAGAGUUUGGCCAACUUGAAGUCUUUAUACGUUCGAGCUGGAAGCUUUCUCUGUCGCAGCUGUCUCUAUUUAAAGUUACCACCUAUGACUAGAAGCUUAGAGAUAAUUAACAACGAAUCAGAGUCCAGAACAACUGUGGUCGACCACAUUUCGUUGGAUCUUGGGUAUUUGAACCAUCUCGACUAUUUAAGCAUAGUUGAUGACUUUUCUGUAACCAACUUAAUACUUCCAAACCAACUAAAGGAGUUACAGUUGAACUUAAUAAACCAAACAGAAGACAUGGACAGAUGGUCCUUACCAAGACAACUCUCAAGUCUCAUUCUACAUUUGAAGAAAGUAAGAACGUUGGAACUUCAUUUACCCAACCAAAUCCAAAACUUAGCCAUACUAACUCCAUUAAGAAGUCUACAUUCACUGGUCAAACAACUCACUAUGCUUGAGAAUAGUGUGAUUGCCAUAACAACAAACGGUACGAUCUACCUGUUACCCCAGGAGUACCAACUAUUAUCUGUACGACAAAAGCAAUUCGCUUGUAUAAAUGUUGAAUCGAUUCAGCUAGUACAUGAGUUCAAUACCCAUGGAACCAGUUUCUGUACGGUAUCAUUUUAUGAACUGGAAAGUAGUUGGACCAGGAGGUUUCCCAAGUCAUUUACAAUCCCACUAUUUGAAUUUGCAUUAUCAGGAGUCGGUUUGCUUCUACCUGAAAGUACUGUUUCCCUUCGACUCACUCAUAGAGGGAAUGACCAGGAUGAGCUAGCAAAACUAAGACUCCCAGUGAAAUUGAAUACGGUUCAUUUCAAUGGAUUUUAUACACCCGUCAAGCUACUUCCCUUAGUUGAACACUCCGGCUUAAGAGAACUAAGAAUAGCAAUCAUGCCAGAUAUAAAGCUCAAUAAGAGCUUUGAACUACCACUGUCAUUGGAGAAACUCUACUGCAAAACCAUCCCCCACACUCUGAAGCUUGGAAUACUAACGAACCCGACCUUCUCCAAAACUUUCGACAUUUCCAACUGCAGAGAGUUGAAGUCUAUAGUUAUAUUGGACUACAAGGUUAAAAUCAUAUUGGAUAACUUCCCUCGACUCGAGAACCUUGAACUUAACGUUGGAACUAUGGAUUUCGGGGUGCAUGCCUCCACUUUUAUCAAUUUACACAGCUUAUCUUUGCCAGUGUAUGCCACUAGUUACAAGACUAUAACAAGCAUGAUUCCACUACUUAAGGGUCUCUUCCGAUUACAUUUGACUGUAACCGGUAAGCAGAAGGUGAGAAUGAUGGACAUAAAAAUGCCGCCCAAAUUGAAAUACUUAUGUUACGAGAACUCCAAGCAUUUCUUUGUCAACUUGGAACUAUGUUCAAGACUAAUGGUCAUUCACUUUGUGGGUAUGGAAAUGGAUAAGGAGUCUAUGAUCAACUCGCUUAUGUCUCUACCCGAUAGAAAUCGUUUAUGCUUUGUACAGAGUGCCACAAGAGAGGCAGAGAAAUGGUUAGCCAAACUGCUGAGGCUAAAGUUGAAGAACAUCAGUAAAGUGCCCACAUUCUUUAACUUUAAUAAUGUCUGA